AUGGCGGCCCUCCAAGCCUACCGCAGCCUCCUCCGCGCGACACGCCUCACCUUCCAGGGCGACGAGCGGCUCCUCGCCGGCGCCAGGGACCAGAUCCGCGCGGGCUUCCGCGAGAAGGCCUCCCUGUCCCCCUCCGACCCUGCUGUCGCGCCCGCUGUGGAGCACGCGCAGCAGGUCGCCGCUCUUCUGCGGGAGAAUGUGGUCCAGGGCAAGAACGAGGGCGACGGGAGAUAUAAGCUGCGGAUUCACGAGCAUACCGAGCGGGGCGACAAUGAUACCAUCAAGACGGCGGCUGGGCAGACCGUCAAGGUUGGGGGUGUUGGGUGCUGCUCGAGCUGA